CUCGUUGACUGCUGCACUAUGGCGACACACAGCCCUGAAAAGGUGGCUCCCGUACACAUGCACAACCCCACCUCAUCCUCAGGAUCAACAGCCUCCACGUCCUCCUCCUCGGUGCAACAGUUCACCGUUGGCAAGCUCGAUGCAGGAAUGGCCAUUCUUUUGGGCUCUCGUGCCUCACUCAUCGAGUUCCCUUCGCUCCUCCUUCCUCAAGACGUCACAAGCGGGUCUGUCGUUGAAAUCGUCGUGAAGCGCAAUGUAGAUCAGGAAAAGAGGAACAAGCGCGACUUUGACGAUCUGCAGCGGAAUAUCCUCGAUACCUUUGGACGAGCUGGGCCUGUCGCCCCGCAGCUGAGGUUGCGAGCUGUGACACAGACCAGCGUCGUACUCGAGUGGUCCGCAAUGGAUCUGGCCUCGUCCAAGCUGCUCUCCUUGGACAUUUAUCGCAACAACUCGCGACUUGCGGCCAUCCCCAAUCCUCUGCAGAACACCAGCACGAAGCUCAGCGGCCUUGACGUAGGAGUCGAGUACGCCUUCCACCUCGUGUUAAAGACCACCGCUGGUACCCUGACGAGCAACACGAUCAGGACAAAGACGCACCUCAUGACCGACACAAGCGGCAUCUCCGUCUGCUUUGGCGCUGUUGAGGGAGGCGCGGCAGUCGCAGAGAAUGAGCCCGAUGAGCCGGUGACGCAGCUCGAGGCUCUUGCAAGGGAUCUCCUCGGUCAGAUGGGCGCAAAAGCGUCCACAAAGUUGCAGAUCGAUACAACGCAUUAUAUUUGCACCUCACCCAGGGCGAGGUCAGCUGCGAAUGCGACUGCCAAUGGACAGACGGGCGAAGGGGCUACGUACCGCAAGGCUUUACAGCUGAACAUACCCAUCAUCAGGCCGGAGUGGAUCGUCGCGUGUUGGGAGGCCAAGAAGAUGGUCCCCAUUUCAUCCUACUACAUCGACAAGGAGCCGCCCAAUCAAUCGUCGGUGCGCAGCCUCCUCAGCAAGCAAGACGCGAGGCAGUCCGUAUCGCAGGCGACUGAGCCCGAGGUAGCACCAGCUACAGCUGCAGCAGUCACAGCAGCAGCAUCAGAUAAUGCUGCGUCUGCGAGAGAAGACAAGGAACAGCCCGUGCCCCCACCCGCAGAGAAGGAUGAUGAUCAGGAGGCGCCUACCGUUGCUCGAGCUCAAGCGAUCGAGGAAGACGAGCAGCCCGCAUCACCUCUUGGUGAGGCGAAAGAGCUGCCAGAGACAGGCGCGGCAGCAGACGAGACGGUCGUGGAUCGAGGUCAAGAGGAGACGAAUGGUGGGCACAAGCUGCCAGACGGAGGAAGCAUGGAGGAUGUGAGCUUGGGAGGGGCGAUGGCCGGCAAGAAGGAGGGCGGCGAUGUGGACGACGACGAAGGCGAAGAGGUUGAUCUUUCGUAG